GAAGCAGCAGCCGCGGAAUAAGAAGAUGAAGGAGCCGGAGCAGAACGGCGUAGGAGAAGGCAGCGCUCAGCCCGCCGAGCCGGAGGAGAGCUCCAACGUCUUCCCGCCAUCAUUCAGCCUGUCCGAGAUCAAGAACAAGCAGCGCCGACACUUCAUGUUCCUGAAGUUGAAGCAGGAGAAGAGGAAGGAAAAGAUUGCUAUGAAGAAGAAGCGUAAGAAGGAAAGACAGGCGCUUGGUGACAAGGCGCCACCAAAGUCUGUCCCCAAAACGAUUGAAAACCAGCGUGUUUAUGAUGAGACAACAGUGGAUCCUGCAGAUGAAGAGGUGGCAUUUGAUGAAGCUACAGAUGAAUUUGCACCUUAUUUUAACCGACAGACCGCACCAAAGAUACUGAUCACGACAUCUGAUCGCCCUCGAGGGCGAACCGUAAAGUUUACGGAACAGCUAUCAUCUAUCAUUCCAAACUCACACGUUUAUUACAGAAGGGGUCUUGCACUGAAGAAGAUUAUCCCACAGUGUAUCGCCAGGGAUUUCACAGAUCUGAUUGUCAUCAAUGAAGACAGGAAAAUUGCCAAUGGGCUUGUCCUGAGCCACUUCCCAGAUGGUCCAACAGCCCACUUCAAAAUGUCUAACGUUCGCCUGCGCAAGGAGAUUAAGAGAAAAGGAAAAGAUCCAACAGAACACAAACCAGAGGUCAUCCUGAACAACUUCACCACACGUCUCGGGCACUCCAUAGGCCGCAUAUUCGCCUCCCUCUUCUCACAUGAUCCUCAGUUUCCUGGACGACAGGUGGCAACGUUCCAUAACCAGCGGGAUUACAUCUUUUUUAGAUUCCACAGGUAUAUUUUUAGGAGUGAAAAGAAAGUUGGUAUCCAGGAGCUCGGCCCCAGAUUUACAUUAAAGCUGAGAUCUCUUCAGAAGGGAACCUUCGAUUCAAAGUAUGGAGAGUACGAGUGGGUCCACAAGCGACAUGAAAUGGACACAAGCCGAAGAAAAUUCCAUCUCUAAACACUGCUGUGUGGGACAAUGGCUUACUUGUGUAACUUUCUGCCCUAGAAAUGCAGCAUCUGCUCCCUCUAG